AUAGGCAAACAUAUGGAAUAAAUUCUUCAACCAAGUAACCAUUUGCUCUCUGUAGUAUAUUGUUUAAAUUUGAAAAAUUACUCUUGUGUUGUGCCGUUUUGGUUAAGCUUGAAAUUAAAUAUGAUUCCAGGACCAAAAUACGUUUUGCAAACAUUGGUUGGUUUUGAAAAUCAUGAUCCGACUAAGUACAGGGAGCCGGCUUAUUCUAUCGCAGGUCGUCAUAAUAAAAAACAAAAUACAAAUUUGUUACCGGGGCCCAAAUAUAUGACAUGCAAUAUGACAAGAAAUGGACCUUAUUCUAAUCAAUCAGUGAUCGUAAUUCCAAGGAGGACAUCAGUUGGAAAGAGGGUGGGCCCUGGUCCGGAUAAGUACCUAGUGGACAAAUUGCCGAAUGCAAAAUCAUCGCCGACUUGGUAUUUUACAUCUGGCCGGGAGAAAAAAAUGAGGCAUUUAAUACCAGGGCCUAAGUACAUGAUUGAAUCGACCAUUGCCAACAAUGUACCAUAUUUUCCAUCUGCGCCAAAAUGGGUCAUGGGGGUGAGACCAACGACAGCUUUGGGCGCAACAGUCAAAGGAUCUCCGGGCCCUGCACGUUACAAUGCACAAAAUUUAGAUUACGUUAAGAAAAAGGCUCCUGAGGCUUUGCUAUUAGGAAGACGGGAAAGGUUGAAUAAAAAUGAGAUCAAACCUGGGCCUGAUAAGUACAAGCCGGACAACAAUGUAAUAUUGAAGACUUGUCCAGCUUGGGUUUUCGGAUUGAAACACUCCCAAAAGAAAGCCUUAGUUCGAACGCCACAGGACGUUAAGGCAAAUAUAAACUGUGUGUUGUGAAAUAAAAUUAUAAAACCCAACAAAAAGUUCCUUUUUUCCUUCA